GGGACAUGAGGCUAUCGGGGCUCAGAGAGAGAGAGUCUCAGUGGAGAGCUGCUGGAUCUCCGAGACCAGGACUAGGACCAGAACAAGAGCGGAAUGGAGGAGGAGCAGCAGAAGCCGGAGCAGCGGAGCAACAAGGUCCCCAGAAGAGCAGCAGCAGGCUCGGCCUCUGAUAGCAGCGGUGUUCAGAAACGGAGAGGAAGAGGGGGACUCGGACAUCACAGCUGUCAGCACUGUGGCAAGUCCUUCACAACAUCUGGAAAUUUAAAGAUUCAUCAGAGAGUUCACACUGGAGAGAGACCAUACAGCUGUGAACAAUGUGGGGCAGCUUUCACACAGUUAGGUGCGCUCAAAAAUCAUCAACUCAUUCACACUGGAGAGAAGCCGUUCUGGUGUGAGCAAUGUGGGAAAACUUUUUCUCAGAGUGGUAACCUUACAGUCCACCAACGCAUUCACACUGGAGAGAAGCCAUACAGCUGUGACCAAUGUGGGGCAGCUUUCACACAUUUAGAAAACUUAAAGUCCCACCAACGUGUUCACACUGGAGAGAAGCCGUUCUGGUGUGAACAAUGUGGGAAAACUUUUUCUCGGAGUGGUACCCUUACAGUCCACCAACGCAUUCACACUGGAGAGAAGCCAUACAGCUGUGACCAAUGUUGCGUAGCAUUCACACAUUUAAAUAGCUUAAACUCCCACCGACGUGUUCACACUGGAGAGAAACCGUUCUGGUGUGAACAAUGUGGGAAAACUUUUUCUCACAGUAGUAACCUUAAAAAACACCAACUCAUUCACACUGGCUCCUCUUGAACAUGUUCUAAAGCCAAGCUGUUGUUAGAGAGGAGAGAGGGAACAAAUAGCGUGAGUCAAGAUGCUGUUUACUACCCAGAUAACAAAAGAGAGCAGUCCCGAGCCCAAAGUAGCCGAGUUCCAGGACCACUUGCAGGCACUAACCUGAUGAUAAAUAUGGAAGAAGAACAAAGUGUGGAAUUUGUCAGAGAACAUAACAUUGAGUCAAAAAGAGCAUGUAAAGAUGACAAGUGAAAACCACGAUGAGUGUAACAUAACAGUUGUUUUCCAAGGAAUCAGAUGAUGAGAUAUUCAUGGUUGAAGCUUGUAGAAGAAAAUGAUUUACCAGUUUUAGUCUCAUUUUAUCCUAAUAUCCUCUUUCUGGUCACUGAUUAAGUUGAUCAUAUUUUACCAGAUUUUUUUUAAAUACACACGUUUUUCUUGUGUUGUGUAACUGAAUAUUAUUAACAAUAUACAUCAAGAGAUGGAAUUGUUUUUGGAUAUAGGACUGUCAUCCUUUAUAUUUUACUUUAUUACAUUAUUUAUUUAUAUGUUUUG